CAUGUGAACAGUCGCACGUUAAAUUUAUCGCCUUACCCUUACUGUCUCCUCUCCUUCUAGGGUUUCCUCGUUCGCGGAUUUGAUCCAUUGGUGGCGAUUUGCCUUCGGAUCGAUCGCAAGCGUUCCGAGAGCUCCUUGGAGAAUUCGAGCGCUCUCGCGAGAUCUUCGCUUCUAGGGAUGAGUGGAAACCCCAUCCCACUCGAUGGUGUAAACCCGGCGGGCGUCGAGAGCUUUCCGGGCCACCACUUCCACAACAUGUCGGCCGGCCACCAGGUGCUACCCGGCGUGUCGCUCCCGUCCCACGUUGAUGAGUCUAACGCAGUAGGCGGGACUGGGGAGUUGAUUGCCGCCGCGGAUGCGCUAGCAUUGCAGCAGUACGAAGAGGCGGACUGCAGCAGCGGUAGCCACGGGAUGGAGGAGGAAGGCGUAGGAGCAGUGGAGAACGGGGAGAUGGAGACAGAAGGACCAUCUGGUCCGAGUCAUCUGGGUGAUACUCAGGCUCUAGGACCCGUGCAGGCAGGCGGGAAUCAGCUCACUCUCUCAUUCCAGGGCGAAGUAUACGUUUUUGAUUCUGUUUCUCCCGAAAAGGUUCAGGCUGUGCUCUUGUUACUGGGAGGUCGUGAGAUGCAGACUGGAUCAAAUCCUUUCCCACCAUCCACUAUCCCAACCAAGGUAUUGUUAAACAUAACCACUUGCCAAUUUGCUUUUGACGCAUUAAUGACUUCAGGGGCUUUUGAUAUGUGGCAGCGUGGAGAUAUACCUCAUAGACUUGCGUCCUUAAUGCGGUUCCGAGAAAAGAGAAAAGAGCGGAACUUUGAGAAGAAAAUACGUUAUACUGUCCGCAAAGAAGUAGCAUCAAGGAUGCAGCGAAAUAAGGGUCAAUUUACAUCAUCAAAAUCUAAAACUGACUGUUCCAUGGGUGAUGCUACUGGUGCAAACCAAGAAUCUGGUUCACCAGAGAAUAAGAUUCCAGGGGCAUCUGCAUGUCAUCACUGUGGUAUCAGCGCACAUUCUACUCCGAUGAUGCGCCGUGGACCUGAUGGACCACGGACCUUGUGCAAUGCAUGUGGACUUGUUUGGGCAAACAAGGGGAUGAUGAGGGAUCUUUCCAAAAACCCAUCUCCAGCAAUUCCCAAUGCUUUGCCUGAACCCACAGAAGGGGCAACUUUCGACAUCACCGUAUGAAGUGCGGAACUAUUUACGUGAGCUAAAUCAUUAUCUACAAUCCAGCUAGAUCAAUGCUUAUUUGUGUGGUAGAAUCAGCACUAUUUCAUCAGAAUCUCUUCAACUUUGCUACCCAUUUACAACCAAUGCUCAUGGAGCCAGUGACAGCACAAGAACGAAGAGACGAGAGGAGGCUAAUGCUUUUCGAUGUGUAUGUACUACUUUGAGGUAAUUUUAUGGUAUUCUAGCUUGCAGGCGAGAUCAUUAGCUGCAGUUUUAUUUGUUGUAAAUGUUUAUUUUCCAAGGACAUGAAGGAGAUUAUUGUUGCAUGAUUAAGAGAUUGGUUCCUUUUCUGUGUGUUGAUAACUAUGGAAUCAGUUGUGAGCGAUGUC